GUUGCCAGCACCUCAUCAGUUAGAAAAAACGAAGCGCACGGACCGCUUUUACCCCAACCCAAAGACUUGCCCGAUUAAGCGACUAUUGUGCAAACGACAAAAUUUCUCUUUGCAGUCGUUGCCAUUUACACGCGCACAUACAGGCCCAGGGUUGUACUUGAUGGCUUCUUCGAAAACUACGUCUCAAGUGACUGCCACGUGGAAAGACAGGCUCGUAAAGCUUCAAGAGCUACAAGAAUCGGUUAUAAAUAGGCCAUAUAGCAUCGUCCAAAGGCUCAGGCUUGCACUAGCAUACAGAAGCUUAGGAUACCCGGACCUGGCUCUUGGCGACGCUUAUAAAGCUCUACUGCUUGCAGACGAAGUCGCCGACGAGGGUGAAUUCCAUGAGCAGGCACUCCGUGCAGCUAAAGAAGAUAUAACCUCAGAUUUACACAGCCAGCUAGCUUCUGAGUUGCCUUACAUCGUCCCUGGUGUAGACCAUACAACAUGCACCUGUACGGCGGAGUCGACGGGCUCGGAUGAGGGAGAUGAGCCCAUGGCAGUAACCAUAGCAAGGAACUGCUGGUCCAAAACAGCGUACGCCAUCGUUGUCCAGUCUCUGAUAGACUGCGGUUGUCUCCGGAGUGCAUUCGACUACAUUACACGAGCACUGCAGGCAUUCCCCUCCAACCGCCACUUCAAAGCUCUUCGGGAGACUAUACUGCAGAAAUUGCGCAGUCAUUUCAGCUCUAAGGGCGACAAUUUUGAUGCGGCUGAUGUGGAGGAGUACCCGGACAUGGGACUUGUCCGGCGUGAGAAGUAUCCCUGGAAUAAUUACGAGCCGGAUCGGUUUUCUGAAGAGUCACUUAGGAUCAUGAAUGAGGAAAUGGCUCUUGUCGCACCAAAACUGGAGAUCAAGAAGACAACUCUCCUCAUUCUCUCACCCGACACCGCGGCAUCAAAUAAACUGCCGACUUCGCGCUACGUGGACCAGUUAGGCAUAUUUGCCAAGGAAGACAUUCCUCCGGGCGAGGUGAUCCUGGAAGAGAAGUCGCUGUUAACAGCUGUUGCGAGGUUACGUGAUUCCUUCUGCGACGCUUGCAGUAUUCCUCUCUCCAAAGUAGAUGGUUCCGCGGAAAGUAUCAUAGCCUGUGACGAGUGCGAGGACGCGUACUUCUGCAGCUCGGAAUGCUACGAGCUUGCUCAAGACAAUUAUCACCCGGCUCUUUGUGGCGUAAACAUCGACCAGAAGGUGUCAGCAAGUGAAUCUUCCGAUUUCCUGUACUCACUUCUCCUUAUCCGCGCAUUGGCCCUUGCAGAAGUGCAAAAUAUCCACCCGCUGGAGCUGAAAGAGGUUCGUUUCAUCUGGGGCGAUUACCACGGUCUUGACCUCGAGGAAAAAUGGAAGAACAACGGCGAGAAGAACACCACGGACCCGUUCAGCGGUGUACCGCAAACUCUGCCGUUUUCGUUCAAAGAUAACAUUUUGACCCCUCUCAACAUCUUGGAGAGGAUGGAUAUCAACAUAUACGAGCACGAAGACCGCUAUGACACGUGGGUAUUCAACACACUAUACGCGAAAUUCCGAGGCACUGCCUCAGCUCGGCAAGGUCUGGACCGCAGGCCAGAAGUGUCAGCUGUGCAUCCCAUGUGGUGUAUGGGGAAUCACAGCUGUGACCCCAACGUUGCUUGGGAGUGGGAAGGUAGUAUACGAUUUUGGACCCGUGAGGAGCUGGUACCCUGGGAAGGCCGAGACCCAGAUGAGAAACCGGGCCUCCGUAGAGGCGAAGAAUUAAGAAGCCACUACUGCGAUGUCAGCCUUCCUGUCAAAGAAAGGCGGGAGUGGGCAGUUGGUGCGUUGGGCGGCGACUGUAUGUGUCCACGAUGCGUCUGGGAGGCAGCUCAGGAGAAUACAUAGGCUUGACCUUGAGAUGUUGGAGAUGCUAUAUCCUUCAGAUUUGGACUUAGACGACGAUGGAGUUUUUAUCCCUCGGAAACCUCCCAGAAAUGCACAGUUCUAAGGCUCAUAUGGAUAGACUGUGUCAACAUUUGAACCAGAAUCUCUUUAUGCCCUUAUUAGAC